AUGUGGAGGAGAGCGUCGUUUAGCUUGUUGAAACAAGGUUUCACGGCGGGGACAAGGGGUGGAACAAACCCAGCUCCGCCUCGAUUAGAUGGGUGUUUCAGUUCUUCUUCUGGGUCGUCGAGACGGAUUUCUUCGUCUUACUUCUCCACUUCCGCUCCGGCGGCCGGCGGCGUCGGCGGAGCGAUUGGGGGUGCUUGUGAGAGCAUCGGCGUCGCUAAAACGGCCGAUGAGGCUUCCGAGUUUGCCAGAGUUCUUGAUGAGGCCGGUGUCGUUUUGCUCUUCAGAGAUAAGGUCUAUCUACAUCCCGACAAGGUGGUUGACUUGGUUAGAAAAGCUGUUCCUCUUGCACUCUUACCUGACAAUGACCCUUGCAAGGAUGAGAUGAACCAGCUGCAGGAGAAAAAGGAACAAAUUGACAAGCUUGCGCACAAGCAGGUUCGCUGCAUUCUGUGGACAGGUUUAGGCUUGGCAGUGAUACAAGUUGGUCUCUUCUUCCGACUAACAUUCUGGGAGUUCUCUUGGGAUGUUAUGGAGCCAAUUGCAUUUUUCACUACUGCAACUGGUAUAGUUAUUGGGUACGCUUACUUCCUGUUCACUUCGAGAGAUCCAACGUACCAAGAUUUCAUGAAGAGACUCUUUCUUUCAAGGCAGAGGAAGCUCAUCAAGAAGUUUAACUUUGACAUUGAGAAAUUUAAGGAGUUGCAGAAGAAAUGCAAGCACCCUUUGGAUGUCCCUACCGCUGCCAAACAUCGGAUUGCGCUUCAAACGGACCCAGAUGAUCUUCUGCAUGAUCAUUGA